AUGGCUGGAAAAACAUUAAAAUCGAAGCCCAGAAACAAUAAGGUGGCAAAAAGUGCUUCAAAAACGAAGAGCAAGCAAAAAUCAAAGAUUUCAAAAGCACAGAUUGAUAAGCUCAAUAAGGACGCAAAACACAUCGAAGAGAUCCAUAGUUCUUUAGCACUGCAAGGGCAGGCCCCAAAGAAGGUUGGUGCUUUGGAUGUGGAAAGGUUGAAGAACGAUUUGAAAAAAGAUGAACAGACCAAGAAAGCCAACCAGGAGUUGAAGAAGCAGUUAGAGUUGAUGACGGGUAUGGCCUUGUAA